GCAUUUUAACUUCACUUUACUGUGUGGCUGUAGGUUCCUAGCAGGCAUGGGCAAACUACAGAGCAAGUUUCGCAAGAGGUCAGAGAUCUACAGGACAACUCAGGUGGAGAAGUCAGAAACUACCUUUGACAGCAAGGUGGUGCAGUACGAACCUGCCCAUAAAGGUUCCACCAACACCGUCACCAACCUGAGCCCAGAGCUCUGUGUUUCCGGUGGAAGUGACCAGGCUGUGGUGGUGUAUGACUGGAAGCAAGGCCGGAUGUGUCAGACCUUUCAGGGUCACAACCGAGAGGUUACCAAGGUGGUGUGUUAUCCAGGGAGCACAUGGAUCUUUAGUGCCUCACGGGACAAGACUGUCCUGAUGUGGGACCUAAACCAGGGGGACGAACCUAUCCAGGAAUUUUGUGGGCAUGAGUUGGUGGUCAAUGGACUAGCUAUCAGUCCUGAAGGGAGAAAGCUGUGUACUGGUUCUCGUGACAACUGGAUGUGCCUGUGGGAUAUAGAAUCUGCAAAAUGUGAACAGAGACAGAAUGUUUCUAGAAACCUGGUGACUCAUGUUUGCUGGGUGCCAGGCAGCUCCUCUGUAGUCCAGACCUCUGAGGAUAAGAUCAUAAGAGUGUGGGAUAGCCGUGCAUGGCAGGUGACCAACACUUUUCCUGCCAAGCAAUACAUCCAGACCCACUGUGACGUGUCUCCAAAUGGACACUACUUGUUGUCCAGCAGCAACGGCUUCGGAGGGCAGGGCUGUGAAGCCACGGUGAGACCAGUGUGGUUGUGGUUGUUUGUUGGACCUAAAGUGUGUUUAGGGACGUUGCAUCUGGAUGGCGCUGGUCCACUGGUUUGUCUCGCUCCCACCGACUCUGACAAUCUGCUGUGUGCCAGCUUCAACAACGGCCUCCAUCACAUCCAGCUCGGCAACGGAUUAAGCAUGGAUCAGGAUUCUGGGGCAAGUUCAGCUGGAGCCGGUGAACUGGACGUGAAAGUUGUGGCGUGCUUCUGA